AUGUUAGCUGCUGCUCCACGAGAUGAUAGGGACAUUAUGAACGAAAAGGCCGACAGUAUUCUACACGGUUUUAAAUUAAAUUGGAUGAAUUUGCGUGAUGCGGAAAGUGGUAAAGUUUUAUGGCAGAGCACCGAAGAUAUGGCUGAUCCCAACUGUGUGCAUGAAGUCCAUAUCAAUUCUCCAGCACAUGUUCCCAAAAGCAUCCUGAAAUGCCGCACGGUUUCGCGAGAAAUCAAUUUCACUUCUGCUCAAAAGAUUGAUAAGUUCCGCCUAGAACAACGAGUAUUUCUGAAAGAAAACAUCAUAGAAGAGUGGUUUUUCGAAUUUGGAUUUGUUAUCCCGGACUCCACAAAUACAUGGCAAACUCUAAUUGAAGCUGCUCCUGAAUCGCAAAUGUUGCCGGCAUCUCUACUCAGUGGAAACGUUGUUGUUGAGACCCUUUUUUACGAUGAUGAUCUCCUCGUUAGCACCUCAAAAGUUCGUCUUUUUUAUGAGUGA